ACCAUAAAUCAAGCAAGUCUUAUUAUUCUUAUUUAUAUCCAACGGAAUAUGUAUGCCUUUUGCAACCACACUUCUUGUUUUAUUUCGAGGAAAACCGUUCAAUAGGUUUGCGUGUGACGAUCAAACUAUACUUCGCCGCAGUAUAACAACCGACAUCUUUUGCCUAAGUCGGCGUACUUUUUCGGUUAUAUUGCACGUAGCGCUGCUCAAUCAUAAGUAGCGAUAUUUGUAAUAAGGGAGAGGGGGUGAAUAGAAGUGUGCAAAUCCGUCGAUGCUCCUGAAAAUUUGUCAAAAUUCGAAUCCGCAAAUAAUAUGACAGUUGCUUGAAUUGUAUUUUUUGUCUCGGCCGACAAAAACAAACAUAAAACAUUUGUGAAGAGGUCUAGAUCCGCGAUCCGAACUCUAUAGUGAUUUGUUUUUGUGAAAUCUGCCGAUACACCUUUUCAGUGAUUAUGGUGAUAUUUAUACCUCGCGGCUCGGUAAAUAUUCCACCGAUAAUCACUUCUCCUUCGGUGAAUAAUUGUUAAAUGUAUUUUUUCGCCGCCUGAGCGGAAAUAUUUGACACCAACUAGUAUCUCUAACCCUUGAAUGUCUGCUCUCGCGUCUGCUUUGAUCCAAUGGAAAAUUAGCGCGAAAAAGAAAAUAAUCCAAUCUUGCCUUUUGAAGAGGGAAUCAUGAUAUAUGCGUUUUCUGAUGCCCCGUGACCGGCCAUGGCUUUCAAUUAGUUAACCUAAAACACCCUCUGGGUACGGCUACAUGAAACACAGAUUGAAAGGGAAUUUAUUGUGCUGGGUUUUGUGGAGUUAGAAAACUGGAGAACCAGGAGAAAAAUCCCUUAAACCAAGGUCCGGAGAGGAAAAAAAAGUCAACUAAAAAAAAAGGGUCUGGAGAGAAAUCGAAGCCGAUAUACCCCAGAAAUGUGAAGUGAGUAUACACCGACUUUGUUACCAGCCUUGUCAUUUUUUUAGUUGCUAUUGAACAUCAUCUAAACGUCUUUAGAAAUACGCUUCCACCUGCUUGAUAAAGAACUGUAGAAAUAUUACGAAUUAAGCAAUUUUUAAUUAAUUAUUGGAGUCUCUUUAUAGUAUACUUGUUAUUAAAAAUGAAAGGAAUAUUCGAGAAGAUCUUUUUAUAUUAUUAUUCUCGUGCAGCUUUGGUAUACAGCAGAGUAAAGAAAGGUGCUCUAUAUAUUUACUCAAGUUGAUUCAAUAACUUGCCUCCUGCUCGAUAGAUAUUAUUACUUUCUUCGUGAGUACUCUUUGAGACGACCGCGAAGCCUCGAUAAAAUCUAUUUUAAAGGUUAUUAACGUGAUCCGAAGUAAAAGAAGGUUUUAGGAAAAGCAGGAAGCAAAACGUAAAGUCGAAAAAUCAACGUUAACAAUGGACGACGAAGCACUCGGAGAAGCUAGAUCAUCUGGAGGAUCUGAUCAUCUGUCAAAUAUAACAUCUUGGAAUUCAUCAUCUUUUGAUUCUGAAAGCUUCCUAAUGUCAGACGCAGUACCGCUUUGGGAUACAGUUGUUUUAGGAAUCAUUGCUAGUUUAUCAUUAUGUGGUAACGGAGUUGUCAUUUUGCUCAUCGGAACAAGGAAAAAACUGCGCAAGCAUGCUUCGCCAAACUGGUUUGUUCUAUCGCUUGCUCUGGCGGACAUGUGUGUUGGUGGAUUGUAUGCACCGUCAAGAUUCAUCUGCAGGUUUGCUACCAGUUGUUCGGUGAUAACGUGGAACAUCAUUUACUACUUUCAAAGCGUAUUUCUGAGUUCUUCAGUGUUGAAUCUGUGUGUCUUGACGUUUGAUCGUUACUUGGCUGUCGUCCAUCCUUUCACUUACCACAACGUCAUGAACUCUGCGCGAGUGUUUCAUCUCAUACAAUUAGCCUGGUGGGUAGCUGUGCUCCUCAAUAUACCCUUCUCGGUGAUAGAGUUCCAUCCUCAGUUUUAUACUAACGAAGCUCGUAUGGUCCACAGUGUGUCUCACAUGGUCAUCUUUGCUUUUGUUCCCAGCCUUUUCAUGAUCUACGCGUACAUUGCCAUUAUGAUUAUCAUCAGGCGGCACAAAACGAUCAUCAUGCGACAAGAGAUGCAAAUUGCGGCAAAUUUUCAGCAAGAAACAACUUGUAAUCGCCAAAAAAAUCACACUAAGGACGGCACAAUGAGGGCUGUUGGAGUCAUCGUGCUGAUGUUUAUCAUUUGCAGUGGUCUUUUCCAGUGGCUUACCAUCUGUAGUCUUUUAGAUACUGGGGACAUUGCUCCAGAUAGCCUGGCAUAUUUUAUUAUUUUUACCUUGUUGAAUUUUAAAUCAGCAGUAAAUGUUGUAGUUUAUGCUUUGUUAAGGAAAGAUUUUCAAAAAGAAUUGAAGAAUUUGUUGAGGACGUGCUGCUCCUGAUUAAUCAACCUAGAAGGAGAUCAAGCAAUGCUCGUCGAUCGUGUAAUUUUAGUCAAGAGAUGAAGUAGUGUUAAAAUAUGCCCACCCUCGAGUCUACUUAAGAAAACCACCUUUCUUUUAAUGAAAAAUGCAAAACUUCAGAUCAGUGCUGUAAUUGAACACGCAACAGAUCACUCACUCGAUCGCAAAACCUCAGGUUUGGAACGAAGCAUUUUAUGCUGUCACUUAUAAUCGAUUCCAGAAACAAUUUUGUAACUUAGGAGUCGGUGAUGAUCAUCAUAAAUAUUUUGUAAUGAA